AUGGCCCUCAUCGCACGGAGAUAUAUUACAAGUGACCGUUAUAAUCCCUCGAAGAAACGAUCUAGCAAACAAAAAGCUCACCUUAUAUCCCUAAACUCAAAGACGCACACAGAAAAGGAGAAUAACCCAAAUUUCGGCAACACCACUCCUAGACCUGUAACACGGACACAAAAUGAGCUUGCCGUGCAACAAGAGAAAGCCAUUACUUACGAGAGGCGCUACCGAACAAAAACACGCGCGAAUGAGAAGGCACGGGAUAUCCUUGCCACCGAAGCUGCCAGCACCUUUUCUCUCAAGGAGAAAGCGGAGGCAUUAGGUGUUGAGGUGGAGGGAGAUGUUAGCCAGCGCAGUAUUCGCCGGAUGGUGACUGAAGGUGGCAUUGCAGCGGAGACACAGCUAGUCGACGAGAUCACUCAUGCAAGAGGAGUUACAUUAAGCGGAGAUGGUACCACCCACAAAAAUAUCAAUUACCAGUCCCACCAUGUCACUCUUACUCUGCCGGACGGCCAAACUGCGACUCGAUUGGCAGGAAUUCUGCAUGAAGUCAACCACACCAGCGAGACUCAGUUACAAGGGUGGAAACAUCAAGCUAAUGAAAUGUACUCCACCUACAAUGAUGUCAUGGGGGGUCACAACACUGCAGACAUUCGGGAUUUUGCCCCAAAAGUCAAAGGAAUGUUGACAGACCAUGCUGAAGACCAGAAGAAGCUUACUGAGGGCGGCUAUCAGCAAUGGGAUUUGCUUUCUCCAGAUGAGCGGCAGCUCCAUUUUAGCAAAGCCAUCCGUCAACUGCGCAUGACCUUUGGAGAGAAGGAAUUUGCAUCCCUCUCAAGUGCCGAAAAGGAGGCCGUGGACUUUUUCAACGGUGUUGACGGCCCUGUCCUAUUGAUGAAUAAGGACAAUUCGGCUGCAGCAUCAGCGGGUUCCUCAGUAGCCAAAGAUUGGGCUGUUCAGGUGUCAACAGGAGGUGGGCAGAAGACUUUGGAUCUUGCGGGCAGCGUAUUUCGUCACAAGGACGACAAAAAGGGCCAACACGACUCCCUUCAAUAUUAUCUCGAGACAGAGUUAGGGUUCACCAGUCAAUGGCCCGACACAAGUAACACUCGCUACCACAGCCAUGGUGAUGCCGCAUGCGAGUAUCUUGUUCACAAAUCUUGGUACAUGCAGUUCCUGGAGAUCGUACUGUUUAAAAAGGAAAGCCGGACGCACACGAACAUGGAGCAGAAUUGUCUCAUUGCGGAUGUUGACCUUGUUUUUGGUCCGAGCGCCUCUCACGAAACAGCAACCCUGGAUGGUGCUCUUGACACUUGGGUCCGCUUUUGUGGCGAGUUCACUGCUGGUGGAGUGAUAGAUAAGUCAUCCGCUGCUCAAAGAGAGAUGGCUUACAUGAAAACAACAAACGACGACAACGAAGGCGCCCUAGGGACAGUCCGUACGUCUUUGCGGCGAGCACCGCACAUGUCCUUGUCACACCUCAACUCUCGGUUCAUGUACAAGAAGAACAUGACAGGAACCUACAUACAGAAUUUCCUUCGGCCUGGGGCUCAAAAGAGGUUGCUCAAGAAGGCUUGCGCUGUUGAUACACGAGGUGAUGAGCGAAAACGGCGGGUUGCGCAGGCUAACUAUGAUAAGGAGCGGGUGAGGAAGAACAAGCAGCUGGAUGUGCGGAGGAAGGAACGGCGGGAUGCUGCAGAGGCUAAGCUCACCGCAGUUGUGCCUCGUUUGACCCUUGCAGAAGUCGAAAAGCUCCGCGUCGACAAAAUUAACCUGCAGAUCCAGUGGCAUCGUUGA